AUGCCCAACUUUCUUCGGCCUCGCGGGUUAGAUUUAGAGGCAAUACUGGAGGAACUUGGGUACAUGGAUUUUCCUUGGUUAUUCAACAGGUCUCACAAAAAAGGUAACAUUAUUGGAUUAUUGGAAGUCAGGCGUCUGAAAGUAAACCAUGAAAAGAAUAAACGUCCCAAAGCACAUUAUGGAGAUGCAAUCAGAAGAGUAAUAACCCGCACAAAACCCAAGACAAACAAGUGA